AUGUUCCGUGACCCGCCGCCGCCGUACUCACCUGUCCCAGGACAACCCGAGAAUGCGCAACCUCCGCCCUUUGCAGGCUCCACACUCUCCUUGUCACCACCCACCCGCGCCUCGCUCUUCUCCGAGCAACUGUCUGGCCUGAGCGGCCAAAUCCUCGAGCAGCAGGCCGCCCGCUCUUCCGCCCGCGACCUGCGCGACCACGAAACACUCUCGCUCCUGGUGCCCCUAUUUGAAGCGCUCCUCGAGUCCAUAGCAGCCAUCAACCCCCCGCCCACUCUCGUCGAAGCAACCUUUGUGCCGGAGGAAGCCGUCGACAAGAGCUGGGCAUGCAGCGAUGCCGAAAGCAGCCAGCGCGGACGUGUGACCAAGCUGUUCCGUGUCGGGACGCAGAGCAAGGCAGACGGCCGCAGGAACAGGUCGUCGACGCCGUGCCAGCCGGGCUCUAGCCCUCGCAGCAAAAACCAGCCAGAGGAGUUUGACGGGUGGGGGCGAUGGAAAGACGAGCACGCGGCGUGCGUCUCCGAUCCCGACGCCGGCAUGUGGUGGUCGGACGAGGAUAUGGCCCGGCGUCUGGCUAGGCACUUGGAACCAAACCGUGCCACGGCGUCUGCUGACACUCAGCCGGCCAGGCCUCCAGUCGAGCGAAGCGGGCAAGAGGGCAGCAGGGCCGGUCGCUGGUCACUGUUCAAGACGGCAGAGCCUCGGCCAGGCGACUUGACGGCGUCUCCGUGUGAGGGGACCACGGCUCACCGAGCGGCACGGGAUCAUGUGGGGAUGGCGGUCAAGGCGGAGGAGACGACGUUUCGGAGGCAGAGCGAGAUGGGUAUCUGGGAGAGCAAGACUGGAUGGGCUUUGGUGGUGAGCGUGAGCAUUCGACUGGGGUCGAGGAGUGCCGAGCCCUGA